GAAACAUAUAAAAGGCCUUCGUUUUCUUAUCUGUAUGCACACAGGACUAAUAAUCAACCAAACAUGAUUGUCUUUAGCGUUCUUGUCACAUUUACUAUUGCUGGUUUUGCACAAGCAAGAAAAUAUAUUCCUCAGACACCAGAGUACCUGAAGUGUCAAUACGGUAAAUAUUACAAGGAUGUGGGUAAGCCUCCCUCCUGUAACCCAUUUGGUCAGUCCUGUCCCCCUCCCUACUUCUGCAGGGGAGGUCCAGCGGACGAACGCGGAUACUGCUGUAAAACUGAGAAUCCAUGCAAGGCUGGAAAACCCUACACACGUAACGGUGACGCCCCUAACUGUCUAGGUGUUAAUGCUGUUAGAUGUGCACGAGGCUACACCUGUGUUGGAUCAACUACGUCAUACUCCGUCUGCUGUAAAGGUUGUACAUACAGGGGGAAGUCAUAUUUUCCAUUUGAGCAAUUCCUUAAUAGUGAAGGACAAGAAUGCACUUGUGGUCAAAACGGCCAAGUCACGUGUACCGUAGGAUACCCAAUCAAGUGCAACUAUAAGGGCCGAGAAUACAACAACGGGGAGAUAUUCAAAGAUGGCUGUCAAUCUUGCAAAUGUUCUAACGGCCAGGUCUCGUGCAGGAAGGAACGCUGUGCCUACUGCUAUUAUAAUGGUAAAAAAUACCAAGAAGGGGAGAAUUUUCCCGCCACUGAUGGGUGCAACACGUGUACCUGCGGAGGUAAUGGGAGUGUGGGAUGUACCAAGAUAGGAUGCCCCAAGUUCUGUUUUUAUAACGGUCAGAAGUACUCUGUGGGACAGAAGUUUCCCGCCACAGACGGCUGUAAUACAUGUACUUGUGAGAGUACUGGAGGGAUAUCCUGCACAGAAAUAGGCUGUAACCCAGGCGGAUAUACUGGUUGACAUGCAGUGCUUGAAGGAUAUGAAAAAUACCAAUUGUUUGA